AUGGCGACAGCAGCCGAUCGCAGCCGGCAGCGACGAGAGCGCACCUUCGUCGGCAGCGAAUGUGCCGUGUGUGAAGAACCCCUCGAGCAUACCCUCCGAGGCGAAAGAAUCCUCCAGUUCUCCUGCGGACACAUUUCCCAUGAGGCCUGCUUUUACGAAUUCAUUCGGGAGUUUGAAUCGCAGUACUGUCCUAUGUGCAAUGCGCCCUUACAUCUCGAUACCAGCAGAGCAGGUAAUGUGCUCGAUAUAGAAAAAAUUACGAAUCUUGUGAGGUCGGCAUCGUCGCACGAUAACAGGUCGCAGAGCACACCCACACCCACACCGAACACUUGGGAUCCUUCUCGUGCUCCCAGUGUCGACUCGAAUCGAAGGCAAAGUGGCCCCCACCAGAACCGAGGCGCUCUUCGAGACAGCCGAGAUGCGCCUUCGUCCAAUGAUCGAUAUGGUUCCCGCGGCCACGCUCGCAGCGACAGCGAGGCCACCGGUGUCGCCUCGUCUGGAGGAUACCCCGAGACGAUGCAGAGCGGUCCCGCGCGUCGCCACGACUACGAUCUCCAGGCUAUGGAGACGACCCCUGGAAGCCCACGGAGUGUCGCUCGAAACCCGAUCCCACCUCCCACCGUCACGGUUCGAUCUGAGUUCCCGACUCUAACCAAGUCAAGGCAGCAACAGACGCUCACCUGCUUGGUCACCGUCGAAGUUCCAGACAACAAGUGGCGACCCGACCCCGAAGAUCUCGCCGUUACCCCAUCUGUGCCGCCGAUCGGCGCGAGGUUGGACGAGAAUUUUGCUCGACCUCCAUCGCCUGCGCGAAGCGCUCCCCGAUUCUACCCAUACGAGCCUAGGGAAGUUUUGGACGAGAUGACGGAGAAUCUACGGAAUCGCGUGGAUAACUGGCAUGGCCUUGAUUUUAGCAGAUUUGGCAAGCUGCGCCUAUACGGCACGCUCAAGGUUGGCAAGGAUAAAAUGUCGUGGCAGGAGCUGGAGUGCUUCCUCUUCGCCGAAAUGUUGAUUUGCGUCAAGGAGAAGCGAAUUGCCCAAGCGCAACAAUGGGACGAUAACGGCCUACCGAAGAAGUCGACGAGAUGCACUCUCAAGGGUUCCAUUCUAAUCAAGAAGCAUCUCAACGAAGUAACCGAGACCGGGAGUAUCGACGAGAAUGUUCUCACCCUCAGCCUCUCUGUGGCUGAGUUACCUCAGUUCCAUCUUCGGUUCGAGAACCGAAACCAAUUGAAGCUUUGGCAGCAAGCACUCCUCGAUCUCAAUGCCAUCGAAGGAUCUCCCGUCCGCAGCCCCGACUAUGACCGCGGCGACUUCUCCGAGACGGACGAGGAGCUCGACUGGAACCGCGCAUCACGCCAACAGCGUGUUUCUUCGGUCGCAUCCUCCUGGGGUCCCAAGUCCGUCACGACGGCGGCGACCGAGUACACGAACUUCGCCAAGAGCCCGCUCAUGGCACCGACGGUUCACGUUCCCAUCGAUGUUGUCGUUGUCGUUCCAAUUUCAUCUUCGAUGCAGGGUGUCAAGAUCAACCUUGUCCGCGACGCGCUUCGAUUCAUGGUUAGCUCUCUCGGCGAGAGGGAUCGCAUGGGCCUAGUGACGUUUGGCUCUGGCGGUGGCGGCGUGCCUAUUGUUGGUAUGACCACAAAGGCGUGGCCCGGCUGGACGAACGUUCUCUCCUCGAUCCGACCUGUAGGGCAAAAGAGCCACCGGGCCGAUGUUGUCGAAGGUGCCAAUGUGGCCAUGGAUUUGCUUAUGCAGCGCAAGUACAACAAUCCUAUUGCUACUAUCAUGUUGAUUAGCGACGCAUCGACCUCGGACGUCGACAGCGUCGAUUUUGUAGUCUCGCGUGCCGAGGCGGCCAAGAUCACCAUUCAUUCAUUCGGUCUAGGAAUGACGCACAAGCCCGACACCAUGAUUGAAUUGUCGACGAGGACAAAGGCGUCGUACACCUAUGUCAAAGACUGGAUGAUGCUCCGCGAGUGUCUUGCCGGAUGUCUCGGCGCCAUGCAGUCGCUUUCUCACCAGAACGUCAAAUUGAAGCUCAAGCUUCCAGAGGGCUCUCCAGCCAAGUUCCACAAGAUCAGCGGCGCUCUUCAGAUUACCAAGCGCGCGACGGGACGCGAUGCAGAGGCAUCGCUUGGCGAUUUGCGAUUCGGCGAGAAGCGCGACAUCUUGGUGCAACUAGUAAUUCUGCCAGAUACCUCGUCCCAAGACCAGCUACCGCAGGAUACGUGGGACAGCCUUGUUUCGGGCUUGGAGGCGCUGGGUGGAUCGAUGGACUCAGAUGAGCAGAGACCAGCUUCCGUGGAGGAGGUGCCUCUCAUCCAGGCCGACCUGACGUGGGGCGACAUCCUUCGGGACGGCACGGUGGUUCACCUUCCGCGACCGUCGCUCCUGGCCAUUACGAUGCUCCCGACAUCCCAUAACAAGAAGUCGUGGGUGAACACACCACCCAUCCCUCCGCACCCGAACGUGGUGCAGCGAAGAAUGGAGCUCUUGACGUCGGACAUGCUCACAAGGGCGUUGACGCUAGUGACGCGUGGUCAGCACGACAGAGCGUUCACGCUCCUCAACGAGACUCGGUCGAUCCUCAAGGGUCUCGGCAAGGGCGGCCUCCCUCCCGUACCACCCAUGCCCUCCAAGUCUCCCAUGACUCCCCAUGGCCUCCCCGAUGGGUCGCCCAUCCCUGCUACCCCCGAUAGGAAACGCACACCUUCGCCGACGACAUCGGCGCAUUCGUCUGCUACCAACGGCCCUCUCGGCCGGAGCCGAUCUCAGGACGGUCUUGCACUUGGGGCCGGUAUCGAUGCUGAUACUGUUGCAGCACUCGAUGCCGAGCUUGAGGCUGCUCUCGAGUGGAUCAACCAUCCCGCGGUCUUCAGCCGGGAUAGCCGCAAGGCGGUACUACAGGCCAUCGGGGUCAUCAGUUCUCAACGCGCGUUUACGUACCGAACCCCCAUCGAGAGCCUCUGGGCAGCACGUGUAGGAGGAGUGAGGAAAUUGACCAACCGCUCGCGAGAGUGGCGCGAAGAGGGCGGAGGCGAGGGUGGAAUCAUGGAGGAGGCGUAG